UUCAGUUAUUGCAUCGCCAAACGUCACGUAGGAAGAAUUACAGUUUUGCAAGCCGGUGUGUUUGAAAGGCAUAAAAAUGAACGUGAAUCUCGAACAGAACGGCAAAGUGGAAGUAAAACAUAUUCUGAGUCAGACGUCACAUCACGGGUUUCAUCAUGCAGAUUUGCUAAAGACAGCUAAAUUUAUACAACAAAGAGUGCCUUACACACCCGAUAUACUGAUCGUUUUUGGAUCAGGAUUAGGUGCCAUCGCCGAUAUCCUAGAGGACCCCAUACACCUAGACUACAAAGACAUCCCGAACUUCCCCCUGUCCACCGUGGAAGGUCACAAGGGCAGGCUAGUCUUCGGUACCCUCUCCAACACCAAAGUCGUUUGCAUGCAGGGCCGCUUCCACUACUACGAAGGGUACAGCUUAGAGGAAUGCACGAUACCAAUCCGCGUCCUGUCUCUUGUAGGCAUCAAAGUACUCUUCGUCACAAACACAGCAGGCGCCGUCAAUCCGGAUUACAAGACGGGAGACUUGAUGUUCUUCAAGGACCACAUCAACUUUUUCGGGUUCUCCGGGAAGAACCCGUUGAGGGGCCCCAACGACGCCAAGUUCGGUCCCAGGUUCCCAUCCAUGAACAAAACUUAUGACAGAUCCAUACUAAGCAAAGCUAAAGAGAUCACCAAUAGAAUGGGCCUGACGCCUCACGUACACGAAGGCGUCUAUGCCAUGAUCGGAGGUCCUAGUUACGAGACCAUCGCCGAGGUGAACCUCCUGAGGAUGUUAGGAGCGGACGCCGUAGGAAUGUCGACUGUUCCGGAGGUCUUGGUGGGAAGGCAUUGUGGAAUAACUGUUUUCGGUUUCAGUUUGAUAACCAACAUCUGCGUUUCUUCUUAUGACGAUGACAGGGAGCCAAACCAUGACGAGGUGUUGAGAGCUGUUAAUAAGAGGGAUGCAUCGCUGAAGGAGUUUCUCACCGAUCUAGUGGGUACUGUGGGGAGUGGCCUUCAAAAGUGAUCGUCCUAAAUGUUUCUUUAUUUAUUUUCUAUUUAUUCCUUUUAAUUUAUUUGUAUAUUUUAGCACAAGCGUAAAUAAACACUUACAGUAGGAUUAAACAGAAGUUGUUCCUCUUAAAGAUAGGAUAAAGAAACAGUUCCAAAAAUAUUUGACUUUGGCAGUUAAUUUAUUCACAGGAGAGCUUUGAAAUAGUGUUAAUAGUAAAACAACUUCUGGGUGGUCUUGUAGUGGCAGACAUAGCACGUAUUUUCGCUUAAUUUAAGUAUAUAUCAGUAUUACAAUCAUCAAGAAUGUUGUGAUGGUAUACAGCAUACCUACAUACAUAUGUCACCAGACUUUGUUUUUGACAUAACCUAAAGAUUUUGACAGUAUUAUCGUAACUUACUAAGGGUAUAUUGUGUUGUUUAUCUUCUUUAACAAGUAAUCAAAAUGUUACAUACUUUCAAAUCUCGUGAUCUAUGUUGUGAUAGUAUUUUGCACUGGUGUUAGAGCAUUUCAAUAAUUUAAGGUUAUAUUUUAUUCUUAAAAGUUCUAAUAGUAUCUUUUAGAAGAUAUAAAACUAAAACAGGGAUAUAAUCUUGAUGUAACAAUAAUUGCAGUAAGUGUUAUAUUCAAGAUCUUCGUGAUCUAUGACUUUAUCAACUGUUAACCUCAUCACCUUGAUAGUUCCUUCUAGAAAUGAUCUUAAGAGACCUUUACGGGUGAAUAGCUGAAAACAAUUCGUCAAAUGUUUCUUAGUUUAUUCUAAAAUAUUGUAGAUCGA